GAAUGACCUCUUGAAUCACAAUUAUUUGUGAAAGUACAUAUUAUUAUAUUUGUUUAUUUGUAAUACCAGGAUGUUAGAAACAGAAGAAGUUGAUGAUGAUUUCUUCACUCCUGUAGCUGGUGCUUCUUUGGCCAACAUAUUUGGACUUGCUGCAAAAAUCAGUGAAGAAAAAUCUAAUGAUUCUUUAAAGUAUGUUCCUCCUAAGCCACAAAACAUUCCACAGAAACAAGAACAAACUAAAAGCACUGAAUGUAUAUUUGCAUGUGCUCUUAUUGGACAUGAAUGGUUCAAUAACAUUUAUACAUCAAGAGGAAAAUUAGGUUUUGCUAUUGUUAAGAUUCAAAAGACUGCAAUCCACAAUAUUGUGUUAUAUGACUCUAAUAAGACAACUCUGUCCUGUACUACUGUAUCAAGUAAUUUAGAGAUUACUAUAAAAAAUAAUACAUACAUCUCAUAUUAUGAUAAUCUAAAAAAAUACUGGAGUGUUUAUGGCACUAAAGAUGAAGUAAACAAAAUUGCAGAACAUUUGUCUAAAUUGGAUGUCAAGAUUCAAUAUUCCUCAUAUACUGAACAAGGCCCACCAGAACCUACUAAACUAGACAUAAAAACUGAUGCUGCAUCAGAACAAAAUGAGAAAAUUGAUAAAGGAAGUGAUACUGAUUCUUCCAUAAACAGAAAAACCAAAGCUUCCAUUUUGAAUAGAAUGGCAAAUAUGGGACAUUCAGUUUUACCAACUAGAACUCUUUCUAUAGAGAGAACCAGUGACUCUUCAGACACAAUGGAAACUGAGACUCAACCAAAACCUGUCAGACAUAAACCAGUUAAAAGUGUACCCAAGAAAAGUAAUGUAGAUAAUGCGACAGAAGCACCACUUAUAAGUGAAACACACCAGAGAACAAUGGUGCCAAAAAGUGAUUCAAUGGCUAACAUUCCAUUUUACCCAGCUUCUGGGAGCCAGUUGAUACCUAUCUCAAGCACAAAUAUAAUUACAGGAUCUAACACAGACUUGACUAUGUUUAUGUCUGAACAAAGGAUAAGCAAUAGUGAGUUAAGGAUCAACAUGAAUAGGAUAACUGAUAAAGUGGACUCUGUCAUAGACAAAAUUAAUAAAUUUGAGCAAAGAGAAAAUUCAAAUAUUCAAACAGAUAUAUUAAUGAAAUUGCUCUCAGAGUAUGAAAAUAAAAUUAAAGUUUAUGAAGGAUUACUCAAAUCUAGAAAUCUAAAUAAUACUGAAAGUGUGACUGCUUCAAAUCUUUGCCAGAAUGAUUAUCAAAUAGGAAUAUUAACCAAGAAAAUAUCAGAAUUGGAAAGGAUUAAUCAAGACAAAACCAAUGAGGUAUCAACUCUGCAGGAUGAAAUUAAACUUUUGAAGUCACACCAUGCUGAAGAAAAAAAUAAUCAUGAAAAUGAUGAAGCUGCACUACACCAAAAAAUUCAUAAUUUAGAAAGUAGUUUACAAGCAAAAGAUAAUGAAUUAACAGAAAUUCAUGAAAAAUUUGCCAACAAAACAAGUGACAAAGAAGAUAGUACUGAGGAGAAAGUUAAAAAUAUAAUGAAUGUCACAUUUCAAACAGUGUCCUCGAAAUUUGAUAAUGAUGAAGUUUACUCAGGAGUUCUAGUCAAGCAAAUGGUUGGAGCAAUAAUUAAAAAAAUAACUAUGCAAACAUUGAAGGAUUGUAACUAAAAUAUUUCUUUAUAUACCAAUAUUUUCUUUACACUUAAGAAACUGUCCACUAACUUUAUUACAGAAAAAAAAAUCAAAUAAUAUAUAAUGAUAUUAAAACACUUUUAAUAAAAUACA